GCGUCACGGUGAGUUGACUCGACCACGGUGCGGUGCCCCAGCUUCAGUUCCUCCAUUAAAUACAACAGUUCCGUCUCCCCCUCCCAACUCAAAGUUUUGCUAAACCGGUACUCUCGGUCGGGUUAAGAGAACGGCGGUCCUUGGAACGAAGGAGAGCUACACCGGUAGAAGAGAAGGGCCUCUCCCCACUAGCAAGUUAAAAACCUCCUGCAUGAGCCUCGAGGCAAAGUUAGUUGUGCUUGGCACUCAAGGUAUGAUACCAUAUGCCCUAUCGCGCCGUAGCGUGGAAUAAGAGUGACGAUGCUCAAUACAAUGUGACGCCGUGCGUCGUGAUGGUGUGACGAGAUACACGGGGGAGUGUCAAAAGUCAAAGCUAACCACUAUCAAAAAAAAAAUCAGGCGUUGGCAAGACAUCACUCGUAGUCCGGUACGUCCAUCCCAACCCAUUCCCCCCUCUCCCCCAUCUUCUACCCCUCGCCAACUCACCAUCCGACAGCUAUGUAAACAAUACCUUCGACCCAGCCUCGGCCUCAACAAUCGGCGCUUCAUUCCUGGCCAAAAAAGUCAUAAUAGACGACUCUCUCGUCCGCCUACAAGUCUUUCCUCCCCCCGGCCUCCUCUCCCCUCCACAACUAACCACCAUAGAUAUGGGACACCGCCGGCCAAGAACGCUAUCGCUCAAUUUCCAAGCUCUACUACCGCAGCGCAAACUGCGGCAUACUCUGCUACGACAUAACAUCCCGUGCAUCCUUCGAGGCAAUGCACUCCUGGCUGCUGGAGUUGAAAAAGAACGUGAACGGGAACAUCAUCAUACACAUUGUCGGCACCAAGGCGGACCUAGUGAAUGCUGAGCCAAGUCGGCGGGAGGUGCCGUUCGAGAUGUGUGUGGCGUACGCUGCUGAGCAUCUUAGUGAGGAGGAAGGGUUUGCCGUGGGGGGUGGCGGAAGGGGAAGGGGCUGGGGUGGGAUGGACUGCUGUCACGAGAUUAGCGCUAGGGACGAUCAGGGUUUGACUCCUAACCUGACUUCUGCCAGAGGAGAGGGACUAAUUUUAUUGGGGAACAGGAGUAGACGAAGUCUUCCAAGUGAUCGCCCGAAAACUCGUUGAGCGGCGGGCGGACAUCGAGCGGGAGCGCGCCUUCGGAAGUCAAGACCCAUACACACGUAGCGGGAAUAUGGGCAUGGGCCCCAACCCAGCGAGGGCCGAGGAGAAGAGCGAAGGUGGAAAGUGCUGUUAGAGACCCUUUUCCCUUGUCAUUGUCGAACCCUUAUGAUACCAUGAAAUGGUCUUUUUUUUUCUUCUCUCUUUCUCACCGCUUUUCAUUUCUUUAAUUUUUUUCCCCUCUCUUCUUUUCCCAUCCAUCUUUAUCGGCGGGUUGGGUCGGUCUGUAUUCAGCGGGUCACUCCUGCCCCCUUUUGUUCACCCCUCUCACCUUUCCUUUCAUCUGGCUUGUUUUGUCCGCCAUUUAGGCGGUAGCGGUUGCAUUCGGCUGUUUCAGUACCACCACUCCCCUUGUUUCAUCCCAAAUUUAAUAUAGCGCUCAUGAUGCAUCACUCGCAAUAUAUAAAGUAAUUAACCAG